AUGGGUAUCCAACCAUUAAAUUUAGAAGUCACAGCGUUUGCAACACCUUUUGCAAAUAUAUGCAUUUCGUCUCUUUGGAUGCUGCACAUUACCUAUGCCAACCCAGCUUUUCCCUUAUCCCUCGAGCUCUUUCCCACUCCGCCACCUCCACCCUCCCGCUCACGUCGCGCAUUUCCAACGCUCAGCGGCCGCCCGCGCGGCUCCGCCUUCAGUUGCCUCAACGCCUCAACUGCUGCCGUUCUGCCAGCCUGGCUCCAAGACAGCGGAGCCAUGUUCCUUCUUGCGGUCCUUCUCACCGGAAUUGGCGGGCUGCACGCAGGCCCUGUUUCUGUUGUUUAUUCUUAUGACAAAGAUGAUACCCAACGUUCUAAGCCUUUGUUAGCUCAGAUGGAUUGCAAUUACCAUGGAUAUGUUGCAGGUUUUCCAAAUUCUCUUGUGUCUCUCAACACUUGUUCAGGACUCAGGGGAACAUUGCAGAUUAAAAACAUCUCAUAUGGAAUCGAACCAGUGGAGGCUAUAUCAGGAUUCGUGCACAUGAUUUAUAAGGAAAAAAAUGAUAACGCUAAUAUUCGUCUCUUAGGAGAAGAUGAAACUUAUAGCCGUAAUUCAGAGUUUCAAGUCAGAGAAGGUUCAAAAUCAUUCCCUCGAUAUCUUGAAAUGUAUAUUGUUGUGGAUAAAAAUCUGAUGCUUACCCAAUUAAAAACGACUGUUGUAAUAUCUUCCAUAGAAAUCUGGUCAAAUAAAAACAAAAUUUCUACUACAGGGACUCCUAAUAAUAUAUUAUCUAGAUUUUUAAACUGGAAAAGCACACAUCUCUUCCAACCUUACCAUACUGCAUACUUAUUUGCCUACAAGAAACAGCCUAGUUUUAUAGGAGCCACAUUUCCUAGAAAGAUAUGUGACAAGAAUUAUGCUGCAGGAGUUGUCCUGUACCCAGAUGCAAUAACUUUGGAGGGUUUUUCAGUUAUUAUAGCUCAACUACUUGGCCUUAAAAUAGGAUUAACAUACAAUGACAACAAUAAGUGUUCUUGUCUAAGAGCUACAUGCAUCAUGAAUCCUGAAGCAGUGGGUUCCAGUGGUAUAAAGAUUUUUAGCAACUGUAGCAUGCAUGACUAUAGAUAUUUUGUUUCAAAAUCUGAGGCUAAAUGUCUUCAGAACUUUUCAAAUUUGCAACCAUUAUACCAAAAUCAAUCAGUGUGUGGUAAUGGGAUUUUGGAACCUAAUGAAGAAUGUGACUGUGGCAGCGAAGAGGAAUGUCAAUUUAAGAAGUGCUGUGAUUAUAGCACAUGUAAACUGAAAGGGUCAGUAAAAUGUGGCUCUGGACCAUGCUGUACAUCAAAAUGUGAGAUAUCAGUAGCCGGCACUCCAUGUAGAAAAAGUAUUGAUCAAGAGUGUGAUUUUACAGAGUACUGCAAUGGAACUUCUAGUAAUUGUGUUCCUGAUACUUAUGCAUUGAAUGGCCAGUUGUGCAGGUUUGGAACUGCAUAUUGUUAUAAUGGACAAUGCCAGACUACUGAUAACCAGUGUGCCCAGAUAUUUGGAAAAGGUGCUCAAGGUGCUCCAUUUGCCUGUUUUGAAGAAAUUAAUUCUCUGCGUGAUAGAUUUGGAAACAGUGGUUUUAAAAAUUCACAACCAUUACCUUGUGAACAGAAGGAUGUUCUCUGUGGAAAAUUAGCUUGUGUUUGGCCAGAUAAGAAUACAUAUAAAAGUGCUGUUCAGUCUGCAGUUUAUUCAUAUAUACCAGGGCAUGUAUGCAUAUCCGUAGCUACUGGGUCUUCAGUGAGAUCAGAUGGAAGAGAUUAUGUCUAUGUGGCUGAUGGCACUGUGUGUGGUGCACAAAUGUAUUGUGUAAAUAAAACCUGCAAAGGAGUUCAUUUAAUGGGAUAUAACUGCAAUGCCACUACAAAAUGCAAAGGGAAUGGGAUAUGUAAUAAUUUGGGUAAUUGUCAUUGCUUUCCUGGUUAUAAGCCUCCAGAUUGUGAAUUUCAGAUUGAUUCACCAGGGGGAAGUAUUGAUGAUGGAAAUGUUCAGAAAUCUGGUGACUUUUUUAUUAAAAAAGGCUAUGAUACACAUCGGAACAACUGGCUUGUUCUGAGUUUCUACAUUGUUCUGCCCUUUUUCACAAUUUUCACCAUUAUGAUCAUGAAACGAAAUGAAAUGAGGAAAUCACGCAACAGAGAAAAUACAGAAUAUGAGGGGUAA